GGAGAGGUAGCGAGUGAGCAAAAAAGGGAGAGUGAGAGGGAGGGGAUAGUGAAAGGGAGAGGAGGAAAAAACACAAGGAGGGGAGGAUAAUGUAAGAGAAGAACACUGGAAACCGGAGGUAAAACAGGGGAGGGGAGACAUAUCAUAUUGUUCAUUUCUCCCUCUCAGUCUGUCAUUCCGGCUGCGGGGCUUAUUGCUCGGUGCGUCUUGGAGAGAGGACAGAGAGGAGGAGGAGGGGGGGUGGACUAAGUGAAAGAGGGCGGAAUGGCCCUUUACGAGCGUCGCAUCUGACUAAACCAGCGGAGAGGCUCGUAAAUCGGAAACUGGUCACAGAGGAAGACAGUGGUUUCUGCAGCCAAGGUGUUGUUGGAGAGCUUUGACAGAGUCUCCACAAGUCUGACCGAGGCUUCCAUACCAUGCUGAUGUGUUGGAGCGACCACCUGCACGAAACUACACCAGUUUCUGUUGGAGCUAAAGGACAAAAAGCCUAAAUCUGCUCCCAGCUUGCAGUGGAGAUAUAAAGAAAAAGAAAGCAUCUACUGAAUUCCAUUUUGGAUCUUGGAAUCAUUAGGGAAAAUAACAAGCUAAAGGUUAUGUAUGCACUGCAGAGAUCCCUCUAUGUCCCUUAGCUAAAUCCAGUUCCAAAGAAAACUUUCCAUGUAGAGUGUCUCUGCUCUGGCUUGUAAUUUCAACAUGCCACAGAACCUGGAUAGCUGAGUUUAACAAAGGGACAGUGAGAGGGGAGGGUGUCGCUCAAUCGUACAUGGGCAUGUCUGCCUGGUCUUUGUGAUCCAGACCAAGACACCCUGCAGGGAGCCCCUCCUGUUCUUCCUGCAUCACUGCUGCCCCCCUCCUCACCUUCCUCUGCCUUAUUUCCCUCACUUCACACCUUGCGAAAGGUGGACGGGUCAACACUGUACUUCUCCAGGUGCCGUCCGAUUGGUGAGGGCGGCGAGGGCUGCGCUGUCAUUGGCUGACUGCUGGUGAGAGUGCGAUGCGGAUUGGAGCAUGUCGGGGGACUGGGAUGAAGACCUGUGUAAGAAGGCGCUGGUGUUGGUGGAGGAGCUGUGCUUCAACUCCCCGAGGGGAUACAGCCAGAACGAACGAUGCAAGGAGUUCAACUACCUGCUAAGGGGUCACAACAGACAGAUGGACACAGAGAUCUCUGUCAGCCUCUUGUCGGUAAUUGUGACAUUCUGUGGCAUCGUCCUCCUCUCCGUCUCUCUCUUCGUCUCCUGGAAGCUCUGCUGGCUGCCAUGGCGGGACAAGGAGGGUGGAGGUCUGAGCCUGACAUCAGGGUUGCUGCCCGGAAGCGCCGGUGUCGGAGGCCUCGGAGGUGCUACGGGGUCAUCGCUCUUACCCCCGCAGCUGCAGAGGAAAGAGGGCCACUCCUCUUCCUCCCUCUACCCCUCCCUGGGCCAGCAGGGACAGCACCACCCCCAUUUCUCUGACCUGGUGGGAUUGGAGAGGGGGGAGGUCGGAGGGGUAGUCGGAGGGCCACAUGAGACCCAGGAGCACUCCUACCUGGACAUGGACUCCUACCCUAACAAUGCUGGAACUCUGAAGCUGAGUCAGACAUCUCCAGAUGUGCCCAACUCAGAGGGUGGAGCCCAUCCACAUAAAGACCUGCCUAAUGCUCAUUCCCAGCAGCAGGUCACCCCACGGCCCAAACCCAUGACUCACCAGCUCUCCAGCCCUGAUUUCCAUGGUGAGGAGAAGGAGCAGGUAACCUGCAUCGGGCAGAUCAAGCCAGAGCUCUACAGACCCAAAGGCGACCAGGGAGAUGGCAAACAGGGCGACACCUGCGGCAAGAUCAGCUUCCUCCUGCGCUACGCCUUCAAUACGGAGCAGUUGGUGGUGAAGAUACUGAAAGCUUUGGACCUGCCAGCAAAGGAUGCCAAUGGCUUCUCUGACCCAUAUGUGAAGAUUUACCUACUGCCAGAUAGGAAGAAGAAAUUCCAGACAAAGGUCCACAGAAAGACCUUAAAUCCAGUGUUCAACGAGACGUUCCAGUUUGGCGUGCCGCUGAACGAAUUACAUUCCAGGAAGCUGCAUUUCUCUGUGUACGACUUCGACCGCUUCUCCAGACACGAUCUGAUAGGUCAGGUCGUGGUAGAUAACCUGCUGGACUUCAGCGAGGGCAGCGGGGACAAACCUAUCUGGAGGGACAUCGUGGAGGGCACUGCGGAGAAGGCGGAUCUCGGGGAGCUUAAUUUCUCGCUGUGUUACCUGCCCACUGCAGGCAGGCUCACUGCAACAGUCAUCAAGGCCACCAACCUCAAAGCCAUGGACUUGACUGGUUUCUCAGACCCGUAUGUGAAGGCCUCCCUGAUAUGUGACGGGCGAAGGCUAAAAAAGAGGAAGACCUCUAUUAAGAAGAACACAUUGAAUCCUACAUACAACGAGGCCCUGGUGUUUGACAUUCCUAAUGAAAAUAUAGAAAACGUCUCUAUAUUCAUCGCAGUGAUGGAUUAUGACUGCAUCGGUCAUAACGAGGUUAUAGGGAUGUGUCGUGUGGGCAGCGAUGCUGAAGGUCCUGGGAGGGAGCACUGGGCAGCCAUGCUUGCCAAUCCACGUAAACCAAUAGAGCACUGGCAUCAGCUUGUUGAGGAAAAAGCAGUUGGAACAUUUGUGUCAAAGCCUGCCGCAGCAUCCUCCCCAAAACCACAUAUUGUGGUGGACAGUCCUCAUUCUGAUUAGAACGGUCAUUAUCAUCUCUCCAGCUCCAGACUUUCCUUUUUUCCUCUCAUCUGUGAAUAAUUCUCUUCAUCAAAGAAAGAGAGACGCAGAGACGCUGCUAGUGUCUAACUGCUAGUGCUGUUUUGCUCCUGCUAAUGAAUAAUCCAACUCAUGUGCUGUCUCUACUGAGCCGGAAGGGGCAAAAAAAAAAAAAAAAAGAGAGAGAGACAAAACAUAACAAAACAAACAAAAGACAAAAAACAUACAUCCAUCACAAGCUACACUUUGAGGGUCAGACUACACAUCCGGACAUUAAAUGAUCCUACAGGACUGAUAUCAGAUGUAAUUUUGGGGUUUAGCAAGGAGAUGCACACACUCUUCUCUUUCACACACACACACACACAUGCAAAUACACAAAGUUUGUAGUAUGUGUGUAGUUCAUGUGCUCUUCGAAUUAGUGUAGUAUGUCAUCUAGAAGGGAAUGUGUUGUGACAGACUUUUCUCUCUUGAAAACAAAAGAAAAAAAGAAAGCCAUCACAGAAUGGUCAUUCCAACCAGGACCAAAGGUUCAUCUUGUACAGACUACGAAGAAGAAAUUCUAUGUCUAGAGUUUUUCUUUGUGAUGUUGGUGUACAGUAUAUGCCAUACUGUAUAGGAAAAAAAAACAUCUCACAUUGUACCUAGCAGGACAAAACAUCCAUGGUGGAUUAUCCAGGCUAUUUUGGACGCCUUCUCCAGGGUUCGAACCCUCUUGUUUCAGAGUUAACUUGCUUAUUUUCCCCAGAGGAAAAACAAUAAAAGCGUCCAGUGGUUAUUAUUGAUGUCAAGAGAAGUGAAAAAUGAGGACACACUCAUCGGUCUGAGCAUGUUAGCAACCUUGAAAUGUGUCCCUCUUCCUCAUGCUCUUUGUCUUGGUCCCCAUGGUACUCUAAGUUUUAAUUUAUUUUUUAUAAUAAUUUUCUUCUGUCAUUUUGUCAUUUGUGUAAUAAGUUUAUUCAUACCAUUGUUACAGUCCACUGAGGAUGUGACGGUCUGAGCUCACAAGAGACAUGGACUGUGUUCUUGGCUUUCAGGCCAAACCGCCAGACUUUUCCCAGAACCAAACAGGUUUAUUAAAAAAAGAAAACAAGCAACCAAAAAACAAAAAAACAAAAAAAAAACAAAAAAAAAACCUGUGUUUGGGAUUGGACCAGCAUCUAUUUGGAGUGCAUUCGCUGGAGGAUGCAUCCUGCAGGGAAGGAUAUCACCACUCUGUUAUUUUUCUAUCAUUCCAGGACUUAAUAUUUUCUGUUCUCAAAAAAAAAAAAAAAAAAAAGUCCCCAUGCUUCGACUGAUCAAAUGUUUUUGUCUACAAGUCCUCAUCAUGUCCCUGACGAGACUUUAGAAGGACACACACGGCCAUGUUGCUUUUAUUAGUGAGUGUUUCAGUGUUUGUGGGUGUGUUUGUUUUGUAUUUGUGCAUGUUUGCGUGUGUGUGAGUAUGGAUGUGUGCCUGCGUGACCUUGUGUGUGUGUGUGUGUGUGUGUGUGUGUGUGCGUGCUUACCGCCUCCCUCAUCCUUUUUCUGUCCUCACUCACCCAAAACUCCUGCAUCCAUGGACUGAAAAGCUUGUCUUGGAGCCAAAUGUGUCUUCUGUCUUGUGUCUUUAAAAGGAGCUAUUUUGUGUGUGUGUGUGUGAGAGAGAGAAAAUCUGUGUGUGUGCGUGUGUGUGUGUGUAUACUACUCGUGCCUCAUUGCACUAGGUGGGGAAACUGUCUUUCAUAGGCAUUAGUUUGUAUUGUCUAUGUUGUCUCUGAAAUCAGCUGCCAGUCACUCAGCUCUCCUCUCCUCAGACCCUUUGCCUGAUGUAAGUAACUGUGUUGAUCGUGUACUUCUUUCAGUAAUUUGUGUACUGUAUGUCCAAGGGAAAAAAAUCAGAUGGCAUAGGGAUUGAAACUUAACAUUGCUGGGUGUGUUUUGACUAUUUUAUUAGAAGCGAGAGAAAAAAUAUGAGGCUUGUCUGUUGUUGCCAAUGACAAAUUUUAAUCCCCUGAAAGCAAGCAACAGGGAGGUGGUGGUGUGAGAAAACAAGCGCCUGAAAUUUCUGCACUUCCUGUGUAAACUGAUACAGACUUAUAAAGCCAUGUCUGUCAUUGCUACUACUACUGUAACCUCAGCAAAACAGUACAACACCUCACUACAGCUACUUGUAUUGCUAUUAUUGCCCUUUCGCUCUAAUCCUCUCACACACUAACUUGCUUUUACACAGGAGUGUGUUUGUUUUUGAGGGGAUAGUUUCUUUCUUUUUACCUCUGGAUAAAGAAAAGCAGAUACACGGGAGGUUCCAUCUUCCAUGUUCUCUGUGAUUUGCCAGAUGGGGGAUUAUUGAUCAGCUUGUAUAAAUAGAUAUGGUAUUGAUCCAUCGGUCCAGAGGCCCCAUAAUUCUUCUUUCCCAGCCUUUCUCUCCCUGCUCGUGUCUACCCUAUUUAGCCCUUGUGUUACUGCCUUGUGAUAGAUUACAAAGCUCAUCGUGGAACCAGCACAUUCCCCUUAUUCUAGUCCUCCCAUAUCUGUCAGCCAGCCCACCCUCACCCUCUUUCUGUUUCUGUCUGCCUGAUUACCGUUUGAUUACUCAUUCUCUCCUCCAGCAAUCCCUACCUUUCCUCCUGCUCUCCUGCUCCACUUCUCCACCUCUCCCUCACCUAUCCAUUUCCAGCUUUAUUUUUCUUUCCAAGCUCCUGCAUAUUUCCUCACAUCCCUCCAUCUUCUCCAUUGUCUCUCCUCCCUCCAGUCUCUCAUCUCUCUCCCCCUCGCCAUCUUCUAUUGUUUGUGCAGUCCGGAAUGGUCAUGGGGAAACAUGUUUGCAUGCUUAUAUUAACAUGAAUGAUGUCAACUUGAUGCAAUGAAAAUUAUAUAAGUGAUGCUUUAAGCAAAAUUUGACAAUGAACUUGAUACUAAUACUACUAAUGACGACUAAAUGGAGACCUUGCAAUUGUUUAUCUCUGUGGUCAAAAACAACAACGAUGAAAUAACAUUGUUUAUGCUGUAUUUAUCUUUCUCAAAUGGUUAUUCUUUUUUGAUUUCCAAUUGUUUUUUAUAUAUAAUUUAUUCAAGAGGUUUACUUUUUUAUUGGUUAAUGGUGAGAAUUUGAGUGAGGGGUUCAGUAAGGGCGAUUGUUUCAGUCAGGACAGCUGUACCAGGUCACAGAAUGCCGGUGAAUGUGUAAGUAACAGUGUGGCUGAAGCAACAAUGAAGAAAAUAAAGGAUAUGUAUCAUC